GGUAACUACCAUUAACACCUCCUGUACAUUUCUGUGGUGGUUUCUAAAGAUUAUUUGGUCAUAUAAUGUUUCUUUGGUUAGGGCUUUUCUACCUAAGAGGUCUAGAGUUAGCACAUAAGAAUACAGGCUGCCCAGUUAAAUUUGAAUUUCUGAUAAACAAUGGAUGGUUUUAUUUGUUUUUUGUUUAUCUGCUUGUUUGUUUUUUGUUUUCUCUGUGUAGCUUUGGAGCCUGUCCUGGAUCUCACUCCGUACACCAGACUGGCCUCGAACUCACAGAGAUCCGCCUGCCUCUGCCUCCCGAGUGCUGGGAUUAAAUGCAUGCGCCACCACCGCCCGGCUAAUGGAUGGUUUUAGAAUGAAAGGAGCCUGUGCCAUUCCUAGAGCAUAUUUAUGCUAAAAUUAUUUACCUAAAAUUCAAUUCCUCUGAGCACCCUGUAUGUAUCUGGCAAUCCUACUCCUAUACAGUAGAAUAAGCACCCCACACUGUAGCUCUGAAGUAGCUCCCCAUGUCAGGGAAAGCAAUGGCUCAAUUAAACUGUAAGGACAAAGGGGAAAUCUUGGGGAGAUGGAUCUUUGGAUAAAGAGUUUGCCUGAAAGGAUCUCUAGCACCCAUGUAAAAGAUGGGUAGCAGCAGCCAGUCUGUAAUCCCAGCAUGCAUGGCAGAAGCAAUCUAGCUAGCCAAACUUGGCAAAACUGCAAACCCCUGGUUCAGUUAGAGACCCUGCAUCAGAAUGUAAGAGUGAUCCAGGAAGAUACCCACUGUCAACUCAGGCUGCUACACACACAUGCAUCCACACGCAUGUGAACACAUAUCAUACUAUUCACAUAUGCAUACACAAAAAGGUAAAUCUUUAAAGAUUUUAAUUUACACACCCAUGUGUCUGUGGGUGGGCUGGUGCCUGUGGAGGUAGGAAGGGGGCAUCAGAUCCUCUGGAGCUGGAGUUACACGCACUUGUGAGCUGCCUGAUAUGAAUGCCGGGAAGAAAAUUCAGGUCCUCUGCAUAAGCAGGAAGCAACCUUAACCACUGAGCCACCUCUCCAGUUCCAAAAAGGUCAAUUUUACUUCUCUUAUUUCACUGUAGAAAAAUCACUUAUUAUUAUUAUUAUCACAAUAAUCACGGUGGCAAUCACCUGCUCAGUCCCUUAUGGAAUACACCAUCCCAUUUUCCUAUUACUGCUGUACUGUAGCAAGGAGGCGCUGUCACAUUUAUUUCCCCAUUCAUAAACAAAGCCACUGAACACCAGAUACCCAUGAUUACCCGCUGUCACACAGAACGAAGCUGGAGUUCAAAUGUAGCACUUCCUCCUUCUGUAAUGUGACCCUGACUCCACCUAAUGAAAGUGUUUCGUUAAAGUGUUUAUAAAACCGAAGAUGAAAAAGAUGUGUUUCCCAGCCCUCCAGAGUCCUCACCCCCUCCUCCACUAUCCAUUCCCCUCGUCGGGACGUAUUCUAGUUCAAGCUGUAUUCAUUUCCUGGUGAUUCUGCAACAGGGUCUAAUGGACUGGGCGCCUCAGUCAGCUGACCCUUAUACUCUCAGUGUUCUGAAAGCUAGACAUUGGAGUCUAAGCCUCAGCAGGCUUGGUUUUUCCCAAAAUGCUGGACACAAGGCUCUGAUCCAAGCCAAUAAUUGUUCAUUUUAUGCGUCAACUUGACCAGGCCCUGGGAUGCCUAGUAUCUCGUUAGGCAUUGUUUACUGGCAUGUCCUUGCAGGUGUUUUCAGAAGACACUAACCUUUAAGGAAAUGGAGUAAGAAAAGCAGACUACCCACCCCCAGUGUGAGUGAGCCUCAUCUAAUCCACCGAGGUCUUCAAUAAAACAAAACGGGCAGUUGAAUGGGGCUGACUACAUCAGUGGAUUCCUGGGUCUUCUGCCCUUGGACUAGGGCCUGCAUCAUCGUUCUCAGGUCUCUGGACUCAGACUAGCAGUGACAGUUAGCAGGACCAGCCCUUUGGUCCUGUUUUCAGUUUGCAGACGGGAGACUACAAACUUUUCGACCUCUACAAUUUCGUGAGUCAAUUCUCAAGUUUCUUUUCCUCUGUCGCCUAUUGGUUCUGUUCCUCUGGGGGAGCCCAACACAAGGCUUCUCUCUUGCUGUGUGCCCAGAUCAUCUUCCCUCGGUAGAUGGAAGUACUUAUCGGUGUACUUAUCUUCUGAAGACAUUAGUCACACUGCACUAGGAUCCAUUGCAAUGACAUCAUCUCAAGGCAGUAAUUUCUAUGAAGAUCUCAUCUCCAAAUAAAGUCACAGUCUAAGUCGGCAGCGCUGUGGUUAUCUGGAUGGCGACGGAGGACAGAGAGGCGAUGGAAGCCCGAGGGGCAGGAGAAAGUUGCCCCACCCUCUCCAAGGUGGCACCUGGUGAAAAUACACCUGAGGGGAAGUCAAAGGCUCCUUUGAAUGCAGAACCCCCAAAGCUAGAACAGCCCACCCUGGAAGAGAAUGGAAUCUGUGAGGACAGAGAUUGCCCAGGGCCCCCUAAGUCACUGUCCCCAAAGUCUGGCCCUACCACCAAGGGUCAGGCUGGCGACGGGCCUGGAGCAGAACCCUCGGAGCUGCCCCCAACCCUGGAGACAGAACACCACAAUGCGAUGGAGCUGGAGAAGGUGCGCAUGGAGUUUGAGCUGACCCGCCUCAAGUAUCUGCACCAGGAGAAUGAGCGGCAGCGGCAGCAUGAGGAGGUGAUGGAGCAGCUGCAGCAGCAGCAGCAGCAGGCCUUGCCUCGGCAGGUAUUCUCAGGAGGCCUCCAGGACCUCCUGCUCCCCCAGAACCAGUUCGCCAUGUUCCUGUACUGUUUCAUCUUCAUCCACAUCAUCUACGUUGCCAAGGAGAUGGUCUUCUUUCUCUUCUCCAAGCAUUACCUGUUCUGCCUUGCGGCCAUCUUGCUGUGCUUGAUUAAAACCCUGUGGUCCUACUUCCAAGUGCCUUUGCUUCUUCAUCACCGCAAUGUCAUCCGUCCAUCUGUCCGUCCAUGCAUCCCCAGACUCCCCCCUUCCCAUGGCAACGUGGCUCAAUGGCACAGCUGCCAGCUGCUGACACCUAAGUGUGAAGACACUAGGCCUUGA